AUGAACUAUGCAGCUCCAAAUUAUGGUGUAGUUCCUGUGAUAGCCAAUACCGGCACUUCGAAGCUCACUAUUGGACUAAUUACCGGUGCAAUUGUUUGCUUAUUUGGUAUACUCAUACUGGGGGCAAUUGCUAUUGCUCUUGGCGUUGGACUGGGUAUUGGGUUACACAAAAGUUCUAGCAGCUCCACUGCACUUACCGUACCGACCGUCAGCUGUUCAAGUAGUUCCGCGUCAUGUGGCUGUCCUCAAAUUCAACCCACGUUCCAGACACGAAUAACUCACGGUUACGCUGCAACUGCUAAUUCAUGGCCAUGGAUGGUAGCUCUGUAUAUUGAUGGAACUUUUAAAUGUGGCGGUAGUCUCAUUCAUCUUCAAUACGUGUUAACGGCAGCUCAUUGCGUUGUGAGCAGCACUACACGGGUUGAUACGAUACAGGUGUAUGCAGGGUUACAAAGUUUAAGUAAGAGAACUUCAGCAGUAAGUCAAAAUGUAACGAAUAUAUACACACCAACAAGUGCGUCUGGUGUGGAUUUAUAUGAUAUUGCCAUUCUGAAAUUAUCAAAGCCCUUCAACGGAAGUGGUAGUGUAGCAACUUGUUGUUUGCCACCGGCAGAUAGUGGACUACCAACAAUCGGCCAAACUGCCGUUAUCAUGGGGUGGGGAAAGACUUCUUAUUCAGCUACUUUCGUAUCCGAUACUUUGCAAGAAGGUCUAAUUCGAAUUACUGCAGGUUGUAGUUUAUCGGAUACAACGACACGUUUUUGUGCUGGUUAUUUAACAACUGAUGCAUGCCAAGGUGAUAGUGGAUCUCCUCUCGUGACUAGUUACAAUAACACUUGGACCUGCACCGGGAUAGUAAGUGAAGGUGCGGGUUGUGGUGCGCUCGGUAUAUACACACGAGUCAGUUAUUUUAGAAGUUGGAUUGACAAUAACAUACACUAA